AUGCCCGUUGGCGUCGCGGCGCGUCGCCCGCGCGAACCGCCGCCCAUCGCGCUCAAUCCGGAGACGGAGCGCCAGCUCGAGGAGUGCCGCGCGAAGAUCGAGCUGCUCCAGAACGUCACCGAGGAACGCCUGCGUUCGCUUACGCGAGUGGAGCUCGUGGGCGUGGUGGGAGACCUCUUCGCGCUCGCCGCGCGGUCGGAGUACGAGCGCGAGCGCAGGUUCCGAGAGGCCACCAGGGCCGCCGCGGAGAGGACCGCCGCAGGGAAAACCGGGCGGGCGCGAGCGGGAACAUCGUCCGGCGCGCCGACGCGUGAGGAGCUCGGGGCGAGGGAGGUUGCGAGAUGGGAGGCGAAGAAACGCGAGGCGCGGGAAACGGUCGCCGCGGUUCGCAUACAGAGGCACGCGCGCGGGUACCUCGCGCGCGCGUUCAUAGCCGGGAAGAAGGCGGCGAUUGAGCGCGCCGCCGCCGCGGAGCGCGAGGCGCGCGAGUCCAAACGAAUAAGGGAGCAGGCGGCGGUGACCAUCCAAUCGCGGUGGCGCGGCUUCGUCGCGCGCCGCCACACCAACGCGGUUUGGCUUCAACUCUGGGAGCGCGAGCGCGCCGAGGCGGCGCGUGUGUUGGAGGAGGCGGCGGGUUUGCGGUCGUCGUCGACGCAGACGGCGAGCGAGGCGUACAGGGCGGACGCGAUGGCAUCGUUGAGGGCUCGGGGUAAGGCGAGGCGAGCAGAGGCGCGACGGAGGCGGGAGUUGAGCGCGGCGGGCGCGGAGAGGCUGCCGGACGGUGCCGACCCCGCGGCGGUCGCCAGGCUCGCCCAGGCGUUCAAGCGGAUGCAGCAGUCGGACAGCGAGGACGAUGACUGA